CAUAUUUCAAUUUUACACUACACAAACAACAAAGGACCUAUUUUACUUUUUCCUAAAAUUUUUAAAUUAUUUAAGAAUUUUAGACCAAAAUUAACAAAAGGCAAAUAACAAUUUUGCCAAUCCAAUCAACCAAAGCAACUUUUAAUAAAUUACUGCAGUAAUUUUUUUAGGUUAGGUUACUAAACUAUGGACACCAACUAUGUCCAAAUCAAAGAUAUGCGACCCGGUUUGAAGAACAUCAACGCCGUUUUCAUAGUUUUGGACAUUGGCCUGCCCACUCUUACAAAAGAAAAUCGCGAGGUAAGAACCGUCAAAGUGGCAGACGCUAGCGCCUGCAUCAACGUGAGCGUUUGGGACGAACCAGGUCAACUACUUGUACCUGGCGACAUAGUGAGACUCACCAAGGGCUACUUGAAUGUGUGGCGCAAUUGCUUAACCCUAUAUACAGCUAAAGGGGGCGAACUUCAGAAAAUCGGUGAGUUUUGUAUGGUUUUCAACGAACAAAACAACAUUUCUGAGCCCAACUUGUUCAACCCGAUACCUACGGUAGGAGGACAGCCUCAGAACAGUUUGCCAAUGAACAAUGGCACUAAUAACGGAGCGGGUAGAGUGGGAGCGCCUACAGUGCCGCCUGUUACUACUGCUAGUGCCCCAGUUCCACAUAAUAAUGCUUUGAGUAAAACUGCUUCUAAUAAUAGCAACAAUAUUCCUAGGCCUGCUACUUUACCUAGUAAUACUGCUAACGAUGCUAAAAGACAAAGGGGAAGUAGAGGAGGACAGCACAGGAACAGACAUACAAGAUCAUAGUAAUUUUUUAGGGCUUUAUGACAAUUGUGAUAAUUUAUUGUAAAAUUGUCAAUGGCAUCUUAACACAGAUAGAUUUCGAUGUUUGUUGUGGUGACAAGACCUGGAUGCUCUAGAGGUAUAAACAAGACUUGUCUACCUAUUAUUCAAUUGAUUAAAAUAAUAAAGAAAUGCACACAGCAAAGGUGAAACCUGGUUAUCUAUCUGCCUCUAACUCAUAUAAUAUACAUUCGAUUUAAGUCUUGAAAGCUCCAAUUCAGCAAUCUAAUUAGAGGGGAUACACCAGAGGUGCAUAGUUCUCCUAAAUGUUGGCAACACAAAAUGUUGUCUGUCUGUGUUAAUAUGUUAUUGGACUUUGUGCUCAAGUGGAGUUAGAUACAAGCAACUCUCUGAGCAGAUUCUUAUUGUAUAUAAAACAAAUACAUCCUUUAGUGAUGUGUUGACUGUUCUGGUAAUUGCUCUAAUAAUUUAUUGGCUGGAAAGUUGCGAGCCAAAAGAUAUAGUUUAUGACUAAUUUAAUUAUUGUAAAAUGUUUUGUAGAAGAAAAACAUCACAUUUUUGUAUCAUUUGUAAAAACAGGGAUGAGUGGUCAAUGAUCAGCUAGGCUCAGCAAUCCUUGUUUGCAGUUAACAUUUUUAAUUCAAAGAGACAUUUUUCUCUGACGUGUAAAAUAUAAUUUUUUAAUAAAAUAAAUAAAUUUUAGAUGGUUCAAAAUUUUGAGUUAUUUGUAGGCUUAUGUAUAUGAUAUUUUUAGUGCCAAAAACUUUUUACAAAGAUGAUAAACCAGACAAGUAGUGUAUAAAGAAGAUUGAACAUAAAAUGUGUUUGUUUAUUUUUGGAAAAGUGGCAGGAUACUGUUUGUUUCUCCAAUAAUGUGGUACUUUUCAUCUACACAGAGACUGCUCUACUACUUCAAACAAACAAUUAAAUAUAAACCAAAUGGCUAUUAACAUUAACCAUAAUAUGCAAAUGAGAAAUUGUAAAACAGGAAAAUCACUUUAGAUAUCUUAGAGUUGACAUAACAAAUACGAUCUUAUCACUGCCUACAAAAUCUAUAAAUACAAAUGGAAUCAGCAUUAGACGAUUGGGACAAAAUAGAGAAAAGAACACUAAAAAAAUUAAAAUACCUGGAAUGAUCUGAACAAUAGAUAAUGUCCUGGACAACGUUAACGAUUCUUUUGGAAUACAGUCUAAGGGUACUACAAUGUAUUCUGUACUAUAAGAAAAAACUACUAGUGACAGAUAGUGGAGAAAAAAAAAAAAGGAUUACGGAUGAUAACUUGAAAAGAAGUAGAGGACACAAAAAUUAAAGGUUUCGAAAUUUCAAGAUAGCCAUUUUGUAGAGGGGAUUCCAAAAAGUCCCAAAACCUACUUUUUUUCCCUUAACUUUUCCGAUUUCCCAUAAAUUUUCACCAUUUUGUGGCGAUUCGACACCAAUUCAUUAAAUUGGCUAUAACUUUGAUGUUUCUGAACCGAUUUCCAUGAAUCAUAUCUUAUUCGAUGGAAAAUUGAAUUCUC